GCGAAGAAAAAUAGCUGCAUUUUUGCACUUGCGCAGAACAAGCGGGUUCCCGGUACCGAUGUUGUAGCGGCAAGCAGAACUUAAAGCUUUAGACAUUGAAUAACCGCAGGAGUAAACGCAACAUUAUUCCUUUCUCUUCUCCUCUCCCUGUGUGUGAAAGAUGUCCAGACUUCAGAGUCUAAAGCAGUUUGUCAACCAGCGGCUCACUGCGGCUGUCGAGGACAUCUUUGAACAUUUUGAAAGAACAAUAACUGAGUAUGAAGAGGAGAUGGAUCGCCGACACCGGAAACUGUGCCAGUUGGUUUCAAGACCUACAGUACACCUGCAGACUGAAGCAGAUGUCCAGCAGCUGUUGGUGGUUAAUGAAGAGAUUCCGCCUGCGCAGCAGAAAGGCCAGGAAAACCCAGAGCCCCCCCCAUGCAUAAAACAGGAACAGGAAGAACUAUGGAGCAGUCAGGAGGGAGAGCAUCUUCAAGCGCUGAAUGAAGCUGAUAUCACCAAGUUCACCUUCACUCCUGUCCCCGUGAAGAGUGAAGAUGAUGAAGAGAAACCUCCGUCCUCACAGCUUCAUCACAGACAGACUGAACUCAUGGAAACACAAGCUGAUGGAGAGGACUGUGGAGGACCAGAACCAGCCAGGAACUCAAAUUCAGAUAAACAUUUACAACCAGAUACUGAGGACAAGAAACCAUUUUGCUGCGCAGAGUGUGGGAAAAGAUUUGGAAAGGAAACGCAUCUGAAUACACAUAUGAGAACUCACACAGGAGAGAAACCGUUCAGCUGCGCAUUCUGUGAGAAAUCCUUCACACAGAGUGGAAGUUUACAGAAACACAUUAGAAUCCACACUGGGGAGAAACCAUACAAUUGCUCAGUGUGCGGUAAAGCUUUCAUUGAAAGUGGAAAUCUGACGAGACACAUGAUAACCCACACAGGAGAGAAACCAUUCAGCUGUUCGGUUUGUGCUAAAACCUACAGAAGCAAGGCCGACCUCCGAAGACACAUGAGGACUCACACAGGAGAGACACUCUUCAGCUGCUCCUUUUGUAACCGCAAAUUUCCCUGGCGUUAUCAGGUCAAUACUCAUAAAUGUGUUGGCCGUCAGUCCUCACAGCUUCAUCUGACUCAGACUGAAGAGAGCUGAGAGGCAGAGCCCAGCGCUACAGUAAUCUUCCAUGGAUAACCUUUCAUUCAGUGUAACAUUAAUGAGAAUUUCUUUCAGUAGCUGUUGUCAUGACGUUGCACUAAUAUGCUUUGACAAUCAAUGUUUGUUUACCAUCUUUUACAUUUCAUAUUUUGUUCCUCUGCUUUCGUACAUAAUCCAUUGCCUUCCUACUGUUGUUUUUGUUGAUUCUCAGUGGAGUGUGAUGCUCUAAAGAAAGUAUUCAAUGUAUGUUUUUGAGUUAAAGCAUCUGGAAAUGUAUGAGCCUGCAUGUGACCAAUAGUACGCCUCUUCUGAAAGCCACAGUGUAACUUUCACAAUGUCUACAUGUUUGUGCUAGCAUCCUCACAAAUGUUAAUAAUCAAAUACAUGAAGAAUAUACAGAUUCUUUGCUCUGACAUAUGCCUUAAAGCCUGUAACAGACUAAUGCAAGUGUUUAAAAUAAGGAACACUGUAUUGACUGUGCCCAAAGAUUGAAAUGUUAAAGUGAAUAUGAACAUCAUUUUAUAUUAUGAAAUUAAAAAUAAUCAUUCAAAUUGAA